AUGGCCGGAAAAAAGCAAGAAGACGAAGGAUGGAGGAAGAGACCUUAUAACGAAAUGACAAUGAACGCCCACCUAAGGGUCCUGGGAAAUAUCGUGGGGUUGAAGAAUACACACGCAUGGUCAAAGAAUGAUAUGGUGGCAGUCUUCGAGGCGUAUGAUCAGGUUAACACGAUAAGUGUCCGUAAUCUUCCAAAAGGCCACACACCGAGUAUAAGGGAGCAAGCAUCCCUGAGUGGGGUAAUAGAGCAAUUGACGGAAGACGGGAAAAUUAAGACUUCUCAGAAAAAGGAUGAUUCGAACGCUAAACGAAAACGGGAAGAUGGCACAGAGACGGGAAAAGACAAGCGUGCAAAGGUUUCAUCUGAGGAUGACGCCCAUGUAUCACCCUCAGACAGUGGGAAACCCAAUGACGAACGCGCGCCUAGAAAUGUCGCAGGCGCAAAAAGAGUGUCUAAGACAAGCUCCGGAGCAGGUGGAGUACAAAAGAAGUCCAAGCAGGUAGAGAAGCCAGCUGCAACCAAACCAACUGCAACCAAACCAAGAUCCCGUCAAACAUCAAUUCGCAAGCCGGUACAAAACAAAAAAAGCAUGGAUGUUAGAAACCCGCAAAAUGCAGAAUCUCAAGACCCUUCGGCUCCAACUGUUCAUUCACCCUUUGUGACGCCGGGUGCAAAUCCAGGAGACGAUGGCGACAGCUCUGAUAGCGACAGCUCCGACUCUAGAGAUGACAAUGGAGACGAUGGAGACGAUGAUGGCGAAGACAUUGAGGAGAACGACGAAGAUCCUGAGGCCGAGCAAAUAAAUCAAGCACCAUCUAAGAACAAGGGUACAUCCGAGGGCAGAAGCAAAUCCAAGGACAAGCCUAGGCCCCUUGGAUUGCACCUCGGAGUUCACAAAAUCAGUAGGCAUACUAGCUUGGAUUGGGACCCUCUCGACGAGAGCAUCCCAACUAGUCGACUUACGUGGUACGAACAAGAGCAGCGCUUUCGUGCGCAACAAGAGAAGGCCCAUAAGGAGGCCCAGGAAAAGGGAUUGCUAUACAAUGAAGGAGAAGAGCCGAAAGAGAAGCCGAAGAAGGAGUGGGAUUGGAAGAAACAGAUCCGUAGAAAAUGAUAGGCUGUGCGUGCUG